GCAGUCUGCCCAGCGAACGCAACAUGGAAUUGCAAGCCUGGCUCAGCUCGCCAGAAGGCCUGCAGACCCAGAUAGUUGCCGUGCAGGAAACUCAUUGGAGAGGCUACCAGUAUGCCUGGUCCCUUCCCAAAGCGAGUGCAGCCGUCACGUCUGCAAAGGACGCAGUGCUGGCCAAACGUGCCGAGUUCUGGGCGCAGCUCACAACAUUGCUGAGUGCUCUGCCUGCCCGAAACCGAGUGCUGUUUCUCGGGGACCUGAACACGACCUUCAGCACGGAAGGCACAAUGGUAGGCCGCGGCGUUCUGGCUCGCCAAGGCAGCCAUGCACCCGACACGCCCCUAGCCCAGGACCUGCUCCGCAGUCUUGACUUGGUGGUUCUUAAUAGCUGGGGACCCGUGGGUACUAGGGCCUGCACAUAUUUGCCCGCUGGGGCAAGUGGACGCAGCCAGAUAGAUUUCGCCAUUAUGCGUAGGAGCUCUGCCGCACGCACGCUGAGUGCUCACGAACUUCUCACUCAUGCGUGGCAACAGGCCACCGCCUCUCUGCCGCGGCAGCUCCCCAUUCAGGUUCCUCGCCGCAAACUGCAGCUCCGGGCGGCCAACGGCAUGCCUCUAUGCAUCGCCGACACUGUCACGGCCAUCCGUGACUACUACGCCACCCUCUUUAGUCAGUCGACUCCUCAGCAAGUCCUGCCUGCUCCCUCCUCGCCUUUGCAAAUCACCUCCGAGGAGUUCUGCACUGCCUUGCAAAACCUCUCCGGCAACAAGGCGCUGCCACCUGCUGAAGCCCCAGCCAUACUAUGGAAACUUGCCGCCGAGACGCUCACCAUGAAGCUCCUGCCUCAAGUCAAUCAUUGGCUCAGGCACAUGCAUCUCCCGCCGCCUGAUGAAUGGCAUAUUGCAGAUAUCUGCUUGUUGCCCAAGCCCAACAAACCCGUGGCUGGGCCGGAGACGCUCCGCCCGAUCUCGCUGCUCCAUCCAGUGGCUAAGGCGCUGGCUGUGGUCGUCAAUAAUCGCAUUCAGCCUCAAUUGCAUGCCCUGGUUCAGGAGCUGCCGCAGUUCUCCUAUCUUGCGGGGCGCUCUGUGCAGGACGCCUUGGACCGCGCGAUGUCCCAUUGCUGUCAAGUCCGCUCCAUCCUUCAUGCGCAGAGACAGAAUCCCCACCUGAAAAGACAGGGGCAUCAGCCCUCGGCCUGCCGAGGCGGGGUCACUCUCUCCUUAGAUCUUCAGCAAGCUUUUGACCUCAUGCCGAGGGACAGCCUGCUUGCCGCUAUGCAGCUUGCACAGCUUGAUCACCCCACCCAGUAUGCCGUCUUGCAAUUGCACCACCAUGCACAAAUGCGCAUUGCUCAUGGGGGAUGCACGGCCACGAUAAGUACCACAAACGGGGUGCGUCAGGGUUGCGGGUUGGCGCCAUCGCUGUGGUGCCUGUUCACAUGUCUGAUCCUGACCCACAUACAGCAGGAAAUCGCGCGGGAUGCUACCACUGUUUACGCUGAUGACUUUUUGUUCCAGUGGAUAAUAGAGUCCCCUGAGCAUUUUGAACAGGUUGUUGCCAAAAUAGGAUACAUCCUGCGCACCCUUGAGCAGUUUGGGAUGCGGGUUAGCCCCACCAAAACGGUCCUUAUGAUUUCCCUGCGAGGACCCAUGGCCGGCACGGUGCUGCGGCCACAUGUCAAGACGCUGCCCGGCAAAGGCAGACACUUGCAGGUACCGCUGCACACAGAUGCAGUCUUUCAGUCACAAUCCAGCAUGUUUCUGCCCAUUGUGACGCAACACACCUACUUGGGUGCUAAACUCAGCUACAACUCCCCUGAAGCCCUCACGCUGAAGGAGCGCAUGAAGCUCUCCUGGACGGCAUUUGGCCGCCUAUACUGCCAGCACUGCGCUCAGCGGGCCUUGCACUCCAUCAAAGGGUGCGACCAGUUGCUAGCCAGGCUUGCCGUUGAGGACCCGAUUUGCACUCUGGCGCGCAGAGUAGACUGUAGGUCCUUUACCGUACUGGUUUAUUGCUUGCUCUUGCCAGGCCACAUGACCGAGACGGAAGCCCCGGCGAUCAGCCUCGAGACGGCGGCCUCAGUGAACCAGGACCUCCUGAUGCCGGAAGGACAGGCGAAGCUCCUACAGGGCAUGAUGCAGGGGGACAGGAACCGCAAUCCUUUGGGACUGAACUUGAGCCCGGAGGGGACUCACGUCAGCACGGCGGCUCCUUCGACAGCGGGCUCAACGCUUCCCCCGCCGCAAGAGGUGGAGGACGGGGACAUGGACACCACCCAGAGGGACAAGAGAGCGGCGCCGGAGAGCUCGGGACUCCCAUGGGCCACCCCCACGGACACGGGCAAGGGCGGCAAGUAUCCUCGGCAGGAGUCCAAGGGAAACACCAGGGACUACGGAGGUGGCUGGGACAGAGACCAUCGCCGCAGCCCGGGCCAGCGUCGCCAACAGUACUGGAAGUCCAGCGAGGGCGAUCACCGGACGGACAAGGACGCCACGGACAAGAAGAUCCUCAACCUCUGCGCGGCCUUGACCAACCUGGUGUUGAGGCACGAGGACCAGCUGUCCAUCAAUCGUUCCCAGUCGAACUAUGUGAUGUUCUGCCAGUGCAAGGGCAUGCUCACGGUUGUGCCCGAGUUCAUCAAGGCCAUUCAGGCCUGGAAGGAGGCCAAGGAGAAACAGCCCGAAACCAUCACCUUGCCGAUGAGGGCCUUCCUGUUGAAGCAGUGGCUGGAGCUCCUGAAGAACCGCUUCGAGGCCUGCCUAGCAAACGACACCUCGAAGGCCCAAGCCGAGGAGAUGCUCGUACUGGAUGCCAACGGCAUGGUCCCCUACCUGGAAUGGGACCCGCAGGCCAAGGAGAUGAAGAUCAAGCGCGACAGGGAGCCAAUGCGGCCGGAGCAGGUGCUGGAAAUGCUGACCAGGAUGCAAGCUUUGGCCCUCCAGCCCUUGGCGGUGAUGAGGUUCCACGCCAUCCACAAGCUCAGCUGGCAGAUGAGCAGCGAGGUUGUGCCGAUGAUGCUGGAGGUCGGCGGCAGAACACAAGAGGCCAAUCGACUGUGGGAGGACUUCGGACGCCUCUCGCACAGCGCGGCCACGCGCUGCGUAGCCACCUCGCUUCGACCGGACAAGAUGGGGAGGUCUGCCCUGGCUACGGCAGUGCAGAAGAUUGCAGACGGCAUGUGCGCACCCUCAGACUGCAGAACUGCAGUAACCAUUGCUACAGUCAUGCCUCCAUCCUGUCGCUUUGUUGGCUCUGGACGUCAGGCCCUCCAGCUCUCGCUGAUGUGUUCGGGCCGAGCCUGCUACGGGUCAUCCGCUGGCUCUGCACUCAGAAGCGUCCUGUCACACUUUGGCAGAACAUUGCCUGGUGUGCGUUGCACUCGGGGUGGCGCUCGCCCCACAUGCAGCAUGAUGUAG